UAAGGAGUAUGCUGGGCACCUGGGACUGUGUUCUCUAAGACGUCACAUUCUGUCUCCUCCACCAUGCACUUUCUCCAGCUCCUGUUCAGAGCCAGCUCUGCUGCCCUGCUCCUGGUUCUCUGUCUGCAGCUGGGGACCAACAAAGCUCAGGAAAACACCGGUCGAAAAGUGAUAAAAAUGGAGGUACAGAUGCCCCGCAGAGCAAACGCAAGUGAAGAAAUCACUGUGAAGAUGAAUGUUAAAACAGAAUUGCGAGAAUGUAUGGUGAUUACAUCUUACCUCAGAAGCAACAUUACAAUCGAAGGUCCUUUUAACUAUCGUUUCACCGCCUGCCUCUGUAAGAAUAUUCCAAGAAAUUUCUACUGGAACUUUCACAUCAAUGAAACUGCAAAAAUAGUAGCAGUGGCCCACGUUACUGCACAGCUAGGUAUCUGCCCCAACGAUGAGGCAGUGGUGCCCUUGGAACCAAAAUAUAUUUAUACCAUUGGGACCAUAACCGUAGGCUGACCUUGGUGGAAGCCCUUGUCUGCCCCCAAGGAUGGUUCCUCUACAGAAAUUGGGCUGGAGUAUCUGUUGUGGUCUGUAAAAUAAACUUCUCAUAAGCUU